AAAAAAAAACCUCACAUCACAUCCGUCUGUGAAUGACCGACCGUGCCGGAGACAUUUCCUUUAAGUGAUUGAGAUCUACUCUCCUGUCUGCCACAACCAAAGGGACGUUGUUGUGAAGAGGACUUGACGUUCAGCUUCAUUUUCUGCAUCACCAGAUCAAGGCCCUCCAGCCAGUGAAGAAGCCAUGCUUAUCAGGUCUCAUCAUGGCCGCACCACCUCCACUAUCACCCUCCUCCAACCUCAGCUAAUGCUCGUCCUCGCCUUGGCCGUGCUGAUCUGCCCUCCUUGGGGCCACGUGACGAGUCAGGGUGAAAAUCAAACCCAGUCCCCCGCUCAGGUGCUCCAGGACCUGCUGUCUCGCUAUGGGGACAACACCACCAUCACGGUGCCCCAACUGCGCUAUCUGCUUUCCCUCCUGAGCCAGGGCCAGCCUGAAGGUGAAGGCGACAGCAGCAGCAGCAGCAGCAGUGUGGCUGAAACAACGACAACAACCACACCUCCGAAAUCCAAUCGCUCCAAGUGCUUACCUGCAGACACGCUGGCCAUUUACAGCAUCAGCGAGCAGUCACGCCUGGAUGGGAAAGACUUUAAGGAGCUGUGCCCCACCAUGCUGCAUCAGCUGGAUACGGGCAGCUGUAAGGGGCAGAAAGAGGAAGAGCCGAGCGCUGAGGUCUCCCCGAGACCCACAGACGCUGAAGUGUGGGGUUAUGGGAUCCUGUGUGUGACACUGAUCUCUCUGUGCUCGCUGGUCGGGGCGAGCGUGGUUCCCUUCAUGAAGAAAACCUUUUACAAGCGACUUCUGCUCUACUUCAUAGCCCUGGCCAUUGGCACGCUCUACUCCAACGCCCUGUUUCAGCUCAUCCCAGAGGCGUUUGGUUUUGACCCCAUGGUGGAUUUCUACGUGUCCAAGUCUGCGGUGGUGUUUGGAGGCUUUUACCUCUUCUUCUUCACCGAGAAGGUCCUCAAAGUGCUCCUCAAACAGAAAAAUGGGAGCCACGGCCACAGUCAUUACUCCAGCGCCGAUCGUUACUCGACGCACGACAGGGAGGUGGAGGAAGGAGAGAAGGAGAAGCUGCAGCAGAACGGAGAGGCCAGCAGUCUGGCGUUGGGGAAGGUGGACGCAGGAGAGGGAGAGCUCAUGCUCAGCCCGGCACAGACUCCGCAGGACUCCCAGAGUCCGGACAGCGCGGGUCGGUCCGCCAGAAGCGGCGGCGGCUGCUAUUGGCUGAAGGGAGCGACCUACUCUGACAUCGGCACGCUGGCCUGGAUGAUCACGCUGAGCGACGGCCUGCACAACUUCAUCGACGGCCUGGCCAUCGGCGCCUCCUUCACCGCCUCCGUCUUCCAGGGCAUCAGCACCUCGGUGGCCAUUCUGUGUGAGGAGUUUCCCCACGAGCUGGGAGACUUUGUGAUCCUGCUGAACGCUGGAAUGAGCAUACAGCAGGCUCUGUUCUUUAACUUCCUGUCCGCCUGUUGCUGUUACCUGGGCAUGUGCUUCGGCAUCUUGGCCGGCAACAGCUUCUCCCCCAACUGGAUCUUCGCCCUGGCAGGAGGGAUGUUCCUCUACAUCGCUCUGGCAGACAUGUUUCCAGAGAUGAACGAGGUGAGUCGGGAGGAAGAGGACGCGGGCGGCAGCAGCUUCCUCCUCACGUUUGCCAUCCAGAAUGCCGGUCUGCUGACGGGCUUCGCCAUCAUGCUCCUCCUCACCAUGUACUCCGGACAAAUACAGCUGGCCUAGCGACGGACUCCACUGGGCCGACACCAGCUCUGGCCAGUGUUGAAACCAAGAUGUGUGCUGCUGCUGCUGCUG